GGUAGGUGUUGUUUGUCAGGCGGCUAAUAAAAAUAAUUAAAUAAAUCUGUGUAAAAUAGUGUUUUAAUAAUGUUUUUAGUAAAUUAUAGUAGUUCUUCUGAGUCUGAAGAUGAAAAUCAACUAGAAAGUGAAGAAUCAAAUGAAUUAACAAAAUCAGAAGCAAAUAAAUUGCCAGUAGCAAACAGAAAAUUAUUACCUCAAGCCACAACAUUAUUGGGAAAACGUAAACUAAAAUCCAAUGAUGACGACGUCACCGAUGAUCCUUCAAAACAUGAUGGACGCAUAAGAAGUUUUAAACAUGAACGUGGUAAUUGGGCCACCUGUGUUUACUUACCUGUAGACAAUAAUCUUCUUGAAGAUAUACAAGACAUUUGCCUUGACCACUUAGAAGAAAAACUUCAUUUUAAGGCUUCUUCAGAAAUGCAUAUUAGUCUAACAAAGACUGUAGUUUUGCAAUAUCAUUUAAUAGAAUCAUUCGUUAGUACGCUACAAAACGCCUUACAAACUUUAGAAAGCUUUACUGUAUCCCUUGACAAUUUAAAAGUCUACACAAAUGCCGAACGCACGCGUACUUUUUUGGCCUUAAAAGUAGACAAUUUGUAUUUCGAUAAAAUGUUAAAUAUUUUACAAAAAGUGGACAAGGUAAUGAAGGAUUUCAAAUUGGCCACAUUUUAUGAGGACCCCUCGUUUCACAUUAGUAUUUUAUGGUGUACCGGAGAUUGUGUAAGUUUGGUUGAAUCUCUAGUGCCCACAAUAAUGGCAUUUUUAAUGGAACGUUUACCUUUGCAUUUGAAAUUUAAUGAGAUUUAUUGUAAAAGCGGUUUUAAAGAAUUUAUUUUUAAACUUAAAUAAUACAUAUUA